ACAGAGCGAGGCCGGAGCGGCGCCAUCACAGAUCAGGGUGGAGGCUCCUGGCCUCAGGGCUGAGGAGAACAUGUCGGAGCUCACAACCGUCCUCUACUCACUGCUGAUGGCAGUGCUGACUGCAGAUGGUCUGAUCGUCACGAUGAAGGCGCCACUUAUCUCGGCCAUGAGAGAUGGGAAUGUGACAAUCCCCUGUGAGUUUUCAGACUUUAUUCCUGGGAGAGCUAUGAAUGUGCAAUGGAUCAAAUCACAGAAUGGAAUUACAACUCAAGUGUUCCAGUAUAUACCCGGACGACCGAAGGCCUUCAGAGCCGGAUCCUAUAUGGAGGAGAGCGAAAUCCAGAGAGGAAAUGCCGCACUUCACAUCCCGUGGGUGCAGUUCAGUGAUGAUGGAGAAUACAUCUGUGCUGUUGUAGUGACCCCGGACUACAAGGAAGGGAAAAGCACUCUGGAGGUGUCGGCUGAGCCCUCGGCUGCCCUGAUACCCGGAGAUGCCAUCACAGUGGAGCUGGGAAACGAGAAAGUGGUGUCCUGUGACAUAAGCAACUUUUACCCUGAAGAGAUCACCAUUCGCUGGGUGCAAAACGAGAAAGACUCUACAAAAUGCGUUGUACUGAACAAAGGAACCUGCACCGGGGACACCGUUAUUAAUACCGACGGGACGUUCAAUACUAGCAGUCAGCUGACCUUAUAUCCUACAAUGAAGGACGAUGGCUACAAAUAUUCAUGUGUGGUGAAGCAUCGAUCUCUGCAGCAGGACCUGAUGAAGAACUUCACCCUGACAGUAACAGGGGAAUUUCUCGCGUCUGUGGACAUUCAAGACGCCUACUUACACGUCCCGAUUGCUAUUGAGACCUACAUCCUGAGGAAGAGAGGCUUCUCUGAUGCUGUGGUGAGAACCAUGAUCAGAGCUCGAAAGCCGGCUUCUUCGCGGAUCUAUUAUCGCACCUGGAGGGCCUAUCUAACCUUUUUCGCUCCGACAAUGUUAAAGAUCAGUCCAGCUCGUAUGAACCACGAGGAGCCGACUACGCUGACUUGUCCAAUUAUUGGAUUUAAACCAAAACCUUUGGAGAUAACAUGGCUGAAAAAGGAUAAGAAUGACCGGGAGACUGAACUCGUAAGAUGGAAGCCUGAUGAUGGGACCGACGUGAAAGAUGGUGUCCACAAAGUGACCGAGAAUGAGCUUCAUGACAAGUCCUACAGCUUCCAAAGUGCCUUAUUGAUAAAACCAACUGUGAGAGAAGAUGAAGGAGCCACAUACAUCUGUAGAACCUUCCACCCUGCGACAGGUCAAGAGGGAGAACAAGAACUGGUCAUGGCGGUUACAGCUGUUCCUGUGCUGGGUCCCAUACAGCAGACAAAGGGCGAACUCCACGUGAAGGAGGAGAUGAAUCUGACCUGUAAGAUCCAUUCAUUUUAUCCGGCACCUAUAGAGGUCACAUGGUGCACAGAAGAUGGACGGGUGCUGAACUCUACCCUCUCUGACCCCCUCGCUGACCCGGCUGGUCUGUACCAGGUCACCAGCUUCCAUGAAAUACUGCCCAACAUUGAAGGACCUGAAAAGACAUUCACGUGUGGAGUGAGACAUGAAAGUACUGGAGUCACGAGAAAAACGACGUGGAAACUGGAAGAUCUGAUUUCACGGCCCACGGUGUCUGAUAUUUCUUGUAUUCCCCCGUCUCCUGAGCCUGGUACUUCGGUGACCUUAUCCUGCGAUGUCAGUGACUUGUACCCUGAAGACUUUACAUUCUGUUGGUAUAAUGGUGUAACUCGGAUAUCAGAAAAGAAGUACAAAAAAGAGCCUUUUCAGAAGGAUCCGGAGUCUGGUACUUUCAGGGGAACCGUACAGUUGCUGUGGACGACGGACACUGGUUAUAAUGAGGUGGAGUUCCGUCUGGUCCUGACGCACUGCGGAAGGAAUAUUGAAAAAAAAAUUACAAUAAUCCUGACAGGAUCCCCAGUCCUUAGUGACAUCACCAGCGAGCCCAGGAACCCUAAAUACGGCCAGCCUGUGACUCUGCGCUGCAGGGUGACCAACGCAAACCCGAAAGAUGUAGAGGUGAGGUGGUUAAAGAGCGAUAAAGCCCUGGAGAGCGGACAAGGAGUAGCGAAGCAAAUCCCUGAGGCGGACGGGUCCGUAUCCUGCUCACUGCAGAUCACUGCUACAGCCCUGGACUACGCCAAAGCUUACACCUGCUCUGUGAAGCCCAAGAACAUGACAACGCCGCUCAAGAAGACCCAUUAUAUAAAGCUCCCCGAUAAAGUACCAACGUUUUCAGAGAUAAGUGUGCGGCCGGAGAGACCUGUCGCAGGGAAGGAAGCCACAUUCACAGCGACCAUAUCUGGAUUCACACCAGACAUUCGGGUGAAAUGGUAUAAAGAGUUCGACCCGUUUACCAGCGACUUUGUCACCACAUCAGAUCCACAGAUUGGAAAGGACUCUCUAUGCAAUUGUUCCAGCAGCCUGAGGUUCACUCCCCAGGACAAGGACCAUGGGGCGUCCAUCCGCUGUGAGGUGACACAUUCUGUCACUAAGAAAGUAUAUGAGCAGCUGUACACCCUGCGUCUCUCAGAAGGGACCCCAGGUGGACAUCUGCCUCCAUGCACAGGACAUCUAAAGCCUCCACUGAAAACCAAAGGCAUUCAGUGCCUGACGGAGAAUCCGCGGGUGGGAGGUGAAGUCACACUCACAUGUUAUGUUGAUGGAUGUGACGCAGAUCAUUCGGAGUUCUCCUGGAGGAAAGGAAUGUUUCCUAUCGACAGUGGCAUAGAGAACCGGACUCUAGAGGACGGAUCUGGCAGCUUUUCCACAGUCACCUUCACAGCCCAAGAGACAGACCGAGACUGCACAAUGAUAUGUGAGGUGAAUUAUAAUUUCCAGAUACAAGAGGAACAUUUCACACUGAAGCUUCAAUAAGGAUCUACAGGAAUCAAUGGGAGCGAGACUCAUCAAUGUCUACAGUCAUGGGGUAAAAGGAGCGAGACUCAUCAAUGUCCAUCAAUGUCCAUCAAUGUCCAUCAAUGUCUACAGUCUUGGGGUAAAAGGAGCGAGCAUAGACUCCUCGAUGUCUACAGUCCUGGGGUAAAUAGGAGCGAGCACAGACUCAUUGAUGUCUUUAAUGCUGAGGUAAAUAGGAGCGAGCACAGACUCAUUGAUGUCUACAGUCCUGGGGUAAUAGGAGCGAGCACAGACUCAUUGAUGUCUACAGUCCUGGGAUAAUAAGAGCGAGCACAGACUCAUUGAUGUCUACAGUCCUGGGGUAAUAGGAGCGAGCACAGACUCAUUGAUGUCUACAGUCCUGGGGUAAUUAGAGCGAGCACAGACUCAUUGAUGUCUACAGUCCUGGGGUAAUAAGAGCGAGCACAGACUCAUUGAUGUCUACAGUCCUGGGGUAAUAAGAGCGAGCACAGACUCAUUGAUGUCUACAGUCCUGGGGUAAUAAGAGCGAGCACAGACUCAUUGAUGUCUACAGUCCUGGGGUAAUAGGAGCGAGCACAGACUCAUUGAUGUCUACAGUCCUGGGGUAAUAGGAGCGAGCACAGACUCAUUGAUGUCUACAGUCCUGGGGUAAUAAGAGCGAGCACAGACUCAUUGAUGUCUACAGUCCUGGGGUAAUAAGAGCGAGCACAGACUCAUUGAUGUCUACAGUCCUGGGGUAAUAAGAGCGAGCACUGACUCAUUGAUGUCUACAGUCCUGGGGUAAUAGGAGCGAGCACAGACUCAUUGAUGUCUACAGUCCUGGGGUAAUAAGAGCGAGCACAGACUCAUUGAUGUCUACAGUCCUGGGGUAAUAGGAGCGAGCACAGACUCAUUGAUGUCUACAGUCCUGGGGUAAUAGGAGCGAGCACAGACUCAUUGAUGUCUACAGUCCUGGGGUAAUAAGAGCGAGCACAGACUCAUUGAUGUCUACAGUCCUGGGGUAAUAAGAGCGAGCACAGACUCAUUGUCUACAGUCCUUGGGUAAAGAUAAACUUAUACAAAAAAGCUGAGUCUAAGAAAGUUCCAAAUAAAUAAUAAUCUUUAUUAAAUAUGUAUAUAAGACCUGCUCAAAAUACACUGCUUGUCCCACCCCGUCGCCACCUGGAUUUAGCUAAGCAGAUACUCCUGAGCCUCCUAUUGGAUAAUUACUGCACGGGGGCGAUUAUCUUUCAGCUGCAAUAAGUUAUUUAACCCCGACUGGUGCAAUGAGCUGCUUCUCAUUUCUUAAACAUCCAUGUGGAAAGACGCGUCUCGUGUUCGUGGAGAAGAUGUCAGUCUGCUGGAGAAGGGUCAGAUCACUGGCAUCAAGCAGAGAAACAUCUAAGGAGAUCGCAGAAACUACUAACAUUGGGUAAAGAACUGUCCAACGCAUUAUUAACUGGAAGGAUAGUCAGGACCCAUCGUAUUCGAGGAAGAAAUGUGACCGGAGAAAAAAAUCCCGAAUGAUCGCGAUCGGCGAUCACUUAAACGUUUGUUGAAAUCAAAUUGAAGAAAAACAGUAAAACGUUUAAAGGCUA